AUGAUUACACCGGAAGGCCUGUGCUUCAAUAACGUACCAAUGGCGACUCCAAUUACGCCGCCUUCUGCAGUAUCCCGCACAGUACGACCGCUGCCUCGACGAUUACGGAGCCCAGAAGAUGCAACUGCACCAAGUCCGGCUCCAGUUCACGAUGAUUCAAGCGAGUCUAUGGCGACUCCUGGAUUAAUCCAUGCAACUCCCAGCACUCACAAAGAAUCAAUUCAUACAUCCUUCUCUGUUUGCUCAGGUAUCUAUCAUGUCGAGACUCCUACUGCGCACUGUUCCCCACAUGUGAUACAUAGGGGCAGUAGUGACACGGACAAUGGAGAAGAUGAGGACACGGAGACAAGCGAAGAAGAGGAUGAUGGUGAUAGCGAUGAGAGCACUGGGGAAGAUGAUGAAACUGAGGAUGAUUCGGACAGCAGCAAUACAGACAGUCAACAUGGAAGGAGCCAGUGGUAUACUUACGACUGGGAAUUGGACAAGCCGACAGACUGCGAUAACACUGAAACUAGUCAAUCAGCUCAGAUGGACACAGCACAAGCAAUGCUAUCUCUUGAUCCACUUUUCAAAGAACAUGAAAAAAUCCUUCCACCCCAUGUUACUGGGAGAACACAUUCUAAAGAAUCCGACAGCCGCAUCGACGCCAAUCAAAUAGGUGUUAAAGGGCAAGUCGUAAUACCCAUUCGAGUCCAAAAUCUGUCGGGUGGUAAUGGGGUCACCCAACUCGACAUGGUGAGGAUUAUCAUCGCUACACGCCACAAAGAGAGCAAGAAGCUAGAAAUAUCGCUGCCAGAGAAGAAAAUCUGGGUUUUGAAGCAUUAUGAUCCCCACCAGCAAGGGUCAGGAAGGGAAUUUGCCCAAGCAAAAUAUCAAGGCAUGGUUCAAAUAAACACAGAGCGCAGAGCGUACGCGCGCAUUGGGUCUUUGCCGCCAAGAGCAGAGGGAACAGAGUUCGUUAUGUGGAUGGGGGCUAGCCUUAGGCUAACCAUUGACACCAACGAGGAGCGACUGGGUAUCUUGAUGGCAAGUAUCUCUUUUUACAUCCAGGUGAUUGUGGACUAA